AAAGGCGGUGCUAGUUAUACUGUGACUACACUGCUUCCUGGCUCCAUGUGACAGGCUUGUUGUGUAGCGCAGCUAGAGAUGGAGGGAGACAACACCGGUUCAAAACAUUCAGUCACCCUCAAUAAUGGAGUUUCUAUGCCACUGCUUGGCCUUGGAACCUUUCGUCUGCGUGGGCAAGAAAAUCUUAUCAGAGCCGUGGAUGCUGCUUUGGCUUGUGGCUACCGCUCCUUCGACACGGCAAGUGUAUAUCGAAAUGAAGGGGAUCUAGGCUGUGCCUUACAACAACUCCUUCCUAAGUAUGGCCUGACUCGCUCAGAUAUCUUUAUUACCAGCAAGUUAUCUCCUGCUGACUUAGGGGAAGGCACACGAGAAGCCUGCCUGAGAAGCAUAUCAGAACUGGGAUGCGAAUACUUGGACCUGUAUUUAAUACACUGGCCAGGCAAGCAAGGCUGGCGUAGUGAUGAUGCACGUAAUGUAGAUGCAAGAGCAGUUAGUUGGAGGGCAAUGGAAGAUCUUUAUGAGGCUGGGCUUAUUAAGGCUAUUGGUGUAUCUAACUAUACAGAUAAGCACUUGACACAGCUGAUGUCUUCCUGCCGUGUUCCACCUGCUGUGCUGCAAGUGGAAUUCCACCCACGUCUUCCACAAAAGGCACUCCUGGCCUGGUGCAGGAAAAAUGGGGUUCACCUCCAGGCUUAUUCCUCUUUGGGCUGUGGGGAGUUGCUUGGUAGGGAAGAAGUGAAGGCAGUGGCCAACAAACAUGGACGCUCACCUUCUCAGAUUUUACUACAGUGGGCUCUUAGAGAAGGUGUAGGAAUUAUUCCCAAAUCCUCAGAGCCUGGGAGAUUAAAAGAGAAUUGUUCGGUGUGGGAAUUUGAACUGUCUGAGUCAGAGGCAAGUCAGCUGGAAGGUAAUGGCAGAGAAGAAAGGUUCUGUUGGGACCCAACAGGAGUAGCAUAAAUAUAUCACUUAUACUUAUUUUUAAGGUUAACUUUCACUCCAUGGUCUUAGAAAUGUUAACUGUUAAAGCAGAUCUGUUUUUAAUUCUAAUACUGCUGUGGGCAGAUUUAUGGAACCCCUCAAACAAUGCGGUGUGUUCCAGAACCUGCCCCUUACGAGCAGCAUUACUUGUUGCACUCUCCUUCAGUAGGAUUUGCAGUCUGUCUGCAAGAGGGUCACAUGCCUGCCCUUUUCUUGCCUUCAUAGCAAAUGGUCUGAAUUCUGCUUUGUGGGCUUAUCACAGUCACAUUAUAUUGCUUACAGGCAAGUGCAGUUUAAGGGGUCUUAAAUAUGACGUCUCUAUCAGCUGUUUUAGAGGCUUCAUUGUUCUUUCCACUUUAACAAGCUGAUGUGCAAGUUUUUAAAGCCAUGUAGGUUAUAGAUUCCCUUUUAAAUAUUCUAAUCUCAGCCCUAAGCAGAAGGCUGAGAUUCACACUACCAAUGUGGGUGUUUUUCCUAAUUUUAUCAGUAUAUGGAAUAUGUAUGAUCAAGUUUCGCUCCUCAGAUACAGAACAUAAAAAGACCAGCACACUGAACUAAAUAAACUAACAAACUAAAAAUAUGCAGUUUUAAGGAAUUGAGUGAGGUGUGGUAGUGACUAUAAUAACUGUAUGCCUCAGAUAAAGAAUUUAUUCUACAGAAUACCUGCUUAUUUGUUUGCAUGCAGAAAUGAUUUGCAUGACACUAUAAUAAAAAAAAAAAUAUAUAUAUAUAUAUAUUCCCUGUAAUACAUUUUAUAUGUAUAAUAUAAUAUUUUCCUGUAAACGUUGCAUAGUAUCAAAUAAAAUCUAAUGUCAGAGGGAAAA